AGUCGGUAGAUCAGUUGGAUUUUUUUAGAAUUACGCAUUUUAUUUUUCUAAUCUUAUACUCGUUACAAGAAAAAAUCCGUUCGGCUCAAACAAUUCUAAAGUAAAGGCACCGUAAUGGAGGGUUUGCCAAAGUUGCCGGGGAACGAUUUUGCCAACCGUAUGCGCCAAAAGCAUCACGUACCGCAAAGCUUCAAGUACGUCAAUGGCUACCCGAUUCCGGUCCGCCCGGAGUGUGGUCUCGGGGGCGAGCGGCUGAACGAGGAUUCAAUCCAGUUCUGUCCGGAGCCGAACGGCGGCGGCAACGAUACGGUGCUGUACGACCCGAUCCUGACGUACGGUCGGGUUCGCCAUCUGCCAGUGAAACCGUACCGGCCCCACUUUGUGCUGUACGAUCAGAAGACGCUCAAGUUCAAUGCGUUCUUCCGCCAGGCAGUGCCGGAGUCGGCCACCGAAACGUUCCGCAUCCGGUACGUGCACAUACUCUACUUUCUCGAGGACGACACGAUGACCGUGCUGGAGCCGACGAUCGAAAACUGUGGCUAUCCCCAGGGCCGGCUGGUACGGCGGGGCCGCAAGCUGAAAAAUGCCGACCGGGAAGAGUUUUACCACUGGAAGGAUUUGAACAUCGGCAUCGACGUGGAGAUGCAUGGGUACGUGUUCCACAUCACCGAUUGCGAUGCGUACACGAAGGAAUUCCUGCUGAGCAACGGUAUCGAGCUGAACGAGAUCGAGCUGCUGCCACCGGAUCCGGCCAUGAACGAGCGCUCCAUCAGCCAGCGGCAAACGUUCCGGCAUCACAAAAUGUACCCCGUGCCGGACGAUAAGUUGCGAAAGUAUCUCGAAUAUCAGGGAAAGGUUUUGCACUUCGAUUGUGUAUUGGAUGAGCGGGACCGUGAAGGAGGCGAACUGAUGACGUACAAGCUGUUCUACUACCUAGAAGAUGAUACUGUCUCCAUCAAAGAGCUGAAGGAGAACCAAGAAGGGCGCGAUUACUUCCCAAUGUUGCUGCGCAAGCAAAAACUCCCGAAAAAUUGGAAAGAAAAUCCAGUUUCUCACCCUUCCAUUUUCCUGGAGAAAAGUGAUGCCGAAGUGUCGGAGUACUAUUCGCCGAAGGAUUUUAUUGUCGGAACAACCAUUUUCGUCUACGGCCGCAAAUUUCUACUACUCGACUGUGACGGUUUCACGCGCUGCUACUACGAAAAAGCUCUCAAGCUGACCCAGCCGGACCGGGUACGGCUGGACAGCUCGCCCAAGCGUGCGCCACGGCUGGAGGUGCCGAGCUAUCUUGGGCUCGGUACACCCGAGGAUUCGCUAGCCUCCUACCACAGCCUCGUGCCGAAAAGUCCGAAGAAGGACGUCAUCACGUACCUGGUGAAUGUGAACAAAUUCCUCCGGUACGGCUGUGUGCUAGAUACUGCCCACCCGGAGGAUAAGAUACGCAAGUUCGUCCUCAGCCUGUCGCUUGCGGACGGGACGAUCACCAUCAUGGAAUCGUCCGUCGAUAAUUCAGGCAUUCGGGGGGGACGGUUUCUGUCCCCUCGCAAGGUGUGGCUUCCCGGAUGCAAUCCUGACGAGCCGGAGUACUACACGGCCAAGGACCUGCACAUCGGGGCGACGGUGGUGGUGUUUGCACAUCGCUUUAAAAUCGUCAGUGCCGACCUGUACGUGUAUCGGUACAUGCAGGCGUACCCGGAAAUAUUCUCCCCGAUCGCUAUCGACAGUGUGCGUAACUUUCUGCUGGCCGAAGGCCAUCUCAAGGACGAUCUGCGACGGGCGACCGAAGAGGAGUACCAGAAGCUGGAGCAAAAAGACGGCCCAUCGGAACAGGGCGAGGUGCAGAAACGGCUGGCCGGAUUUCAGAUCGGUGACUCGAACGGUCCUUCGCCUGCGCCGAUCGCUUCACCGCGCGCUUCACCGGUACCUUACGGAGAUGCGCAAUCAGCUCCCUUUGCCGAACCGCCGGAACAUCCCUGCCCCCAUCCGAUCAUUCCCGACGAAGAGCUGCGGAAAGCGUACCACACCAACGAGCCGGACGAGCUUGCCAUACAGGCCUACAACGUGCCGGAAGAUCCGACAUCCUCACGACAAGGCUCGCCCAAGAAGGGCUCAAAGUCGGUCCAUUUUCAAGACGACUGUUGAGACGGAGAGACGAUUACCUUUCGUCGUUUGAACUUGCCGUGCACGUGAAGGAUUUUCAAAAGGAUUCUAAACACACAUACACAACACUGCACUACACACACAUAAAAGACACACGCACGCACGCACACAAAUACACACUCCGAAACGCGCACACGCGGCUGCUCGUCAGCUGUUCACGUACACUUUUUGUUUACCUUCUGAGCCGGCAUCGAGCACAGCCAAUGUGGCCAGAUUAUUUUGGCGGUUUUCGGUAGGAGCACCAAUAUUUUAUCUGUAGUUUUCGGUAGGUUAAAAUUCGAAACUCAGGGGGGAGAGAGUGCUAAUGCGUAAAAUAAAAGUUCCAUCUCACGAGAA